AAAAGGAAAAAGCAUUUCUGUGACACACAGUUUAUAUUAAAGGGACAGUUUGGAUCUUUUGAAGUGAGGCUGUAUGAGACACGUACCCACAGUCAGUGUAGUACCUGCAGUAGAUGGCGGUCAACACACCCCCAGUUUGGAGACGCAGGCAGGAGUACCGACAUGGAAGCUCAGCAAUGUCCCGCUGUGGACGGGGGCAGCGGCAAAAUAUAUUUUAGCCACCUAGAAAUAAAACCAAUAUGUGUGUAAACUUGAACCACUUUAGCUUGCUGUCAAGCAGCGAUUUCCUACGGGGGACUGAAGCCGUUAUUGUGUUCAUGUGUGACUUUGGUGAAUGUGAACUAAGCCUUUAUGAUGCAGUUAAAAUGGCCAAAAAUGUGAAUAAUUGCAUUGCAGGAUGAUUUAAAAUGUGCUCCUAAAAUGUCCAGUCAGAGGCGACAGUGCUGCGACUGAAGAAACAGUUAGUCUGGAGCCAUCCUGGUUUGAACCCAGGGUGGGGGGGCCCUUCUGUGUGGAGCUGGCAUGUUCUCCCCGUGUCAGCGUGGGUUUCCUCCAGGUGCUCCAGCUUCCUCCCACAGUCCAAAGACAUGCAGGUUAACUGGUGACUCUAAAGUGUCCGUACCAACUGUCCAGAAAUUGAUGGAUGUUCCAAACAGAUGUUUUCUGAGCAUUCCACAACGUUGCCGGUGUUUUGUCGCCACCAUCCCAACUGUGCUAUGUGAAGAACAGUAAAGUCAAGAGCAAAGGCCACCACUUUGAGGAGCCAUGGAGAGUUUGCUCUGAGGAGGCUGCAUUAAAUGUGGUUGUACAUGCACAAUGACAAGAAAGAUAUUCUGUCUUAUUCUACUCUAAGUUAAAUACUUUUUACUGUCAGAUGAAACAGUUGUGUUUGUCUCAUGUGUUUGUGAUCUUUUGUAAUAACUCAUAUGAUGCUCGACUCUCAGCAGAGUCUCAAGUCUCUGUGUUACUGUCAAUAAAUAAUUUCCCAUGAGUCAAAGGGGGGGAGGUGCCAACAGAGAGGAAGAGUGAAAGUGAAAGUAUAAAGUCAGUGGUGUGUUCAGACUCCAUUUUAAAGUGCACAGAGCAGUGAGAGGAAGACAGGUGGUGUGAGACACGUUCUCUCAGAUUUGGGAAGAUGGAGGAUUUGGAGGCAGACGGGGACAGAUCAGAGUCUCCAGUGUCCAGCUGUCAGCUGUCUAUGAAGAGUGACUGGUCCAAAGAACAGCCUCCAGACUUCAGUAAUGAACCUGGACCCUCAGACACAAAACAGAGAGCAGAGUCUCCAGUGUCCAGCUGUCUGUCUAUGAAGAGUGACUGGUCCAUGAUUACUCCUCCAUUCUUCAGUAAUGAACCUGGACCCUCAGACACAAAACAGAGAGCAGAGUCUCCAGUGUCCAGCUGUCUGUCUAUGAAGAGUGACUGGUCCAAAGAUGAUCCUCCAGACUUCAGUAAUGAACCUGGACCCUCAGACACAAAACAGAGAGCAGAGUCUCCAGUGUCCAGCUGUCUGUCUAUGAAGAGUGACUGGUCCAAACAUGUGCCUCUAAACUUCAGUAAUGAAGCUGGACCCUCAGACACAAAAGAGAAGAAGAGGAGUCAUGUUUCUGUGGAGGAGCAGCCGUCCUGCUGUAGUUUGUGUCAGGACGUCCUGAAGGAUCCAGUCUCUACCAGCUGUGGACACUGGUUGUGCAGACAGUGCACCAGCUCAUACUGGGACCAGUCUGCUUCAUCAGGAGACUCCUCCUGUCCCCAGUGUGGAGAAAGAUCCAGAACAAGAGCUGGACUGCAGACAGCCAGUCAGACCAGCACUGUACAAACAGACAGUGGUCUGCAGGAGGUUUUAGAUGAACAUAAGAUCAGUGUGAGGAGGAGAUGUGAACGUGUGACUGAAGGAAGUGAUGAAACAGGAAGUGAAACCCUCCUCAACAGGAUCUACACUGAGCUCUACAUCACAGAGGGACAGAGUGAAGAGGUUAAUACCCAACAUGAGGUGAAGCAGCUUGAGAGAGCUUCUAAGAUGAAGACCCUCCAUGAAACUCCAAUCAAGUGUCAGCACAUCUUUAAAGCCUUACCUGAGCAACAGAAACACAUCAGAGUGGUUCUGACCAACGGCGUCGCUGGCGUUGGAAAAACCUUCACAGUGCAGAAGUUCACUCUGGACUGGGCCGAGGGUUUGGAAAACCAAGAUGUCAGUCUGGUGAUUCUGCUUUGGUUCAGGGAGCUGAACUUGAUCAGAGAUGAGAAGUUGAGUCUUCUCACUCUGCUCCGUGUUUUCCAUCCAACAUUACAGAAGGUCACAGCAGAGGAGCUCGCUGUCUGUAAAGUUCUGUUCAUCUUUGACGGCCUGGAUGAAAGCAGACUGGCUCUGGAUUUCCACAACAAUGAGGUUGUGACUGAUGUCACACAGAAGUCAUCAGUCAACGUGCUGUUGACAAACCUCAUCGAGGGGAAGCUGCUUCCCUCGGCUCUGGUCUGGAUAACUUCCCGACCUGCAGCAGCCAAUCAGAUCCCUCCUGCAUGUGUUGACAGGGUAACAGAAGUACGAGGCUUCACUGACGCCCAGAAGGAGGAGUACUUCAGGAGGAGAGUCAGUGAUGAAGAGCGGUCCAGCAGAAUCAUCUCACACAUGAAGACAUCCAGGAGCCUCCACAUCAUGUGUCUAAUCCCAGUCUUCUGCUGGAUCACUGCUACAGUUCUGGAUCACAUGUUGACUACAGAGCAGAGAGGAGAGCUGCCCAAGACCCUGACUGACCUGUACUCACACUUCCUGCUGGUUCAGACAAAGAGGAAGAAGCACAAGUAUGAUGAGGGACAUGAGACCAGUCCACAGGAGCUGACGGAGGCUGACAGGGACGUUCUUCUGAAGCUGGGGAGGCUGGCGUUUGAACAUCUGGAGAAAGGGAACAUCAUGUUCUACCAAGAAGACCUGGAGCGCUGUGGUCUUGAUGUCACAGAGGCCUCGGUGUACACAGGAGUUUGUACAGAGAUCUUCAAAAGAGAGUCUGUGAUCUUCCAGAAAACAGUCUACUGCUUCGUUCAUCUGAGCGUUCAGGAGUUUCUGGCUGCAGUCUACCUGUUCCACUGUUUCACCAACAGGAACACAAAGGUACUGGAGGACUUCCUGGGGAGAAACAAGGAUAAUUACAGAUCCCUGGAUGUCUUCUUAAAGAGAGCCAUGAAGAAAUCCCUCCAAAGUAAAAAUGGUCACCUGGAUCUGUUUGUCCGCUUCCUUCAUGGCCUCUCUCUGGAGUCCAACCAGAGACUGUUAGGAGGCCUUUUGGGUCGGACACACAACAGUCCAGGAAUCAUCCAGAGAGCCAUCAACAACCUGAAGAAGAUGAACACAAACAAGAUCUCUCCUGACAGAAGCAUCAACAUCUUCCACUGUCUGCUGGAGAUGAACGACCUCUCAGUACAUCAGGAGAUCCAAGAGUUCCUGAAGUCAGAGAACAGAUCAGAGAAGGAACUCUCAGAGUUCCACUGCUCAGCUCUGGCCUACAUGCUGCAGAUGUCAGAGGAGGUUCUGGAUGAGUUGGACCUGAAGAAAUACAACACAACAAAUGCUGGACGACGGAGACUGAUUCCAGCUGUGAGGAACUGCAGAAAGGCUCGAUUUAUUAGGUGUGGACUCUCAGAGACUCACUGUGAAGUCGUGGCCUCAGCUCUGAAGUCCAACCCCUCCCAUCUGAGAGAGCUGGACCUGAGUGACAACCACAACCUGCAGGAUUCAGGAGUGAAGCAGCUGUGUGCUGGACUGGAGAGUCCAAACUGUAGACUGGAGACUCUGAGACUGAGGUGGUGCAAUUUGUCAGAGAUCAGCUGUGUUUCUCUGGCCUCAGCUCUGAAGUCCAACCCCUCCCAUCUGAGAGAGCUGGACCUGAGAGAAAACUUCUUGCAGGAUUCAGAUGUGAAGCUGCUGUGUGAUCUGAAGGAUAGUCCACACUAUAAACUGGAGACUCUGGAAUGGGAUUCAUCUUGGAUGGAUCUGUAGAGAGGAUCAGCUGUGUCCUGAUGAUCCAGAGACAUUGAAGCAACAGCAUCAGUUUGUGUGUCUGUGUGAGUCUGUGUGUGUGUGUGUGUGUGUGUGUGUGUGUGUGUGUGUGUGUGUGUGUAUACUGUAAAAUAGUGAGGUGAUUCAAAUAAAUGCUACAAAAGGACUUUUGUCAACUGUUGUACUUUGUUGUUAUUGUGUGUUUUAAACACAGUGUUGUUGUAGUUACUUUUAGUCACCAGUAGAUGGAGAUAAUUUGAUGCUCCUUAAACAUUAAUUGACGUUCCAAUCCAAAAGGAAGAACUUUAUAUUUUUUGGUUUCAUGACGGUGCACCCACAUUUUAGCAUUAAAUCAUCAGAAUACUGUUCCAUAUUUCCAGUGCUCACAGUAUUCACAUCUUUUACUGUCAGUGAAAAUAGUAUAUCCACACUAUAAAAAUACAUAAUUAUAUAUAUAUAAUAUAUAUAUAUAAUAUAUUAUAUAUUUAUAUAUAAUAUAAAUAAUUCUUUAUUCAAAAUGUUACUAGAGUAAAAGUACAAAAGUAUCAGCAUCAAAAUACACUUAAAGUAGCAAAAGUUAAAGUGCUCAUUAUGCAGAAUGCUCCAUUUAUAUUAUGGAUUAUAAUUAUUGAUGCAUUCAUGUGUUCAUCACUUUAAUGUUGCAGCUGGUAAAGAUGGAGCUCAUUUUAAUGACUUUAUAAACUGCUGCGUAGUUUAAUCUAUAAUAAUAUCAUUUAUUAGUUGAUGGUAUUUUGUAUUAAUAAUCUACAAAGUAACUGAAGUUAUCAAAUAAAUAUAGUGGAGUAAAAAGUCCAAUAUUUCCCUCUGAGAUGUAGUGGAGUAAAAAGUGGCCUAUAAAGUAUCAGAAAAUGGAAAUACUCAAGUAAAGUAGGCGACAAGUAGUGAUGACCAAAUGAAGCCUCAUGAAGCUUUGUCUUUAUCUUCUGAGCCCACUAGAUGGCGCUCUCUGUUCAACAAAGGGUUACAGGCACACUGGACUGUCUGUCCUUGAGCUGUUUUCUUUAAACCAAGAGCGCCAUCUAGUGGGCUCAGAAAAUAAAAAUGGUUCAUGGAGCUUUAUUUGGUGAUCACUCGCUUCAAGUGGGCCUGUCUGUCUGUCUGUCUGUCUG